AAAGUGUUCUCACGAACAACCACCACAACGGUGCCCGAUCGGCUGAAGACGGCGAAGGUUGUGCGCGAUCGUGGCCUGUUUCGUACUCUUUUAGCUGGUGAUCGUGACGGAUAGGUGUUUGGAGAGUGUCUCCCGAUCUAAACCAAUAGAUUCAGUAUCGCUUGAAGUAACUUAGUUGGUGUCCUUGUCCGCUGUGCAAGUUUUAAUUGGAGUCAAUAUUUCUUUAGCUGCCAUCAAAUUAUCCAGCGAAACCUGAUGGACGGUGGAGCAAUGGAUUUUCCACUGGUUGGAGAGAUAAGAGAAAAAGAAAAGCUGAAGCAAAGUCCAACAGUGGCGAAGAGUGUGGCGACACCAUCGCCAAAGUCCUGGACGUUUGGAGAAUACCUUACAACUCGACAGAAACGUCGCCAGUCUGCUGUGGCCGGCAGUGGCAAGGGCAAGGAGAAUGUUGCCUCCGCCUCGGUCCGCAAGCAGAUAUUCCCAUCGGACAGCUCCGGCGCGGCGGCGGGUCAAACCGCGGAGUCUCCGCGUCUGAAGCGCAAGCGCUCGUUUGCUAGCAACACCGUCAACACUACCCAGCCGGUGUCCACUGCUUCCAGACAGAAAUCUGUGCAAGCACCUCACGGUGUAGUUGAAGUACCAGCAUCCAGUCCACAUGGCCAGCAGCAGGGUCGUCGACGGCGUAAAGUAGGUAGCCGCAGUGCCAGCAGCAGCAGCAACUCGUCCAGUGCUGGCGACGGGCAAACCCUGCGCACCAUGUGGGACAGCGUGGUGGCCAUGAUGAAGACGGCCGUUGACUCCAUUCUAUUCGACGAUGAUGCAGAUGCGGAAAAUGAGGGCGCGUUCCAAUCCCCAGCCAAGCGACGCUGUCCAGCGGAGAGUGGCAUGCCGCUGCGUGCAGCUGACAGAACUCAACAGCCUCUACGCCGCACUCAGUCCAACACAAGAACCCAAAACAUCGAGCCAUCGAAGAUCAAGGAAGCCAAGAAUCUUGACCCCGACGCUAGGAAAACCCGUCGACGCGUAACCAGGAAGCAGUCCAUGUUCUCACGAUCCUCUCAGGUAGCACCGCCUGACCAGAGUGCAGCAGCGUCAACUGGCGGCCAGAUGACGGGGGCAACCAGUCCUGUUGCCACGGCGCAGGAGCUCAGUGUGUUCACAUUCCGCCGGUCGCCUCUGAGCACAAAGGUGGCCAGUGCGUUCGGCUCGCCACGCUCCUCCGGUCGCCAGCACAGCGCGCCCACUCGCCAAUGCCCCGUUCCGCUCAAGCACAUACCUGCCCGCUCGACCCGCGCCUCCGACGGUGGCCGCCUGCGCACACCCGUCCACCUCUGCGCACCGUCUCCGCUCUGCUCACCACUGUUCCGAGAGGAACCCACCAGCCUCCGAAGAACUGAAGCAGACCAAACGCCCGGCGAUGGCAAUUGUGUCAAUCGACAUUCAGAAGCACUCAACAGAAGUUUCAGAUCUUCAUCCAGGCCAUCCAGUCGCAAUGGCGCGGUUCGUGUGUCUCGCUCUCGCUCUGCACGCAACGUGUCAUCGCGAAUUGAUGUGCCUAGCCGCUCGCCUACACCUGUUGGCAUCGACAUUGAUCCUCUCCUCAAGAUGAAAGUUCCGAGCACAGCAAUGCCUGUUCGUACUGCCACACGACCGAAGCAGUGUACUGAGGCUAAACACAGUGUGCCCAAACUCAAUGCCGUUGAUGAAAGCCGCGAUGCCGACAUUUCGGCUAGCUCCAGUAACGACAGCACAGGUGCAGGGUUAGCUGCAGUGCCGCCUCCCCCUGCACCACCACUCCCACCACCGCUGCCAACAGAAACGACCGUAUCUAACACCGAGUCAACGACCAGUGGUCCACCUCCGCCGCCACCGCCUGUUCCAAAAGUACUGACUAAAGCCGAUGCGCCGCGUGUUGUUCAGCAAAGUCGAGCCGAUCGAGUCCUCUCUGGCAUGCAGGAGCGACUGCGCAAUCGCAUGCGUCAGGCAGUCGAGUCGGCCAAGUCCGUCACCGACAAGUCGACAAAGAAUGAGAAGGUGGAAAUCGAUCCAAAGAUAACACAAUGGGCUGCCAUUCAAUCCAAGUACCGCAAGAUCACCAUGGAAGAGUUCUUGGCACUGGCUGAGACCCAGCGCACUGUGGCACUUCAACAAAUUCAGGCAUUGUCCAUGCGGCUGCCUUCGGAGAUGAAUGAGAUCAUUCAGUGCGUGGAGAGCUUGGCCGCUGCUACAUGCUGGUGGCCUGGUGGCAUAAAGGAGAUGAAGGAGACCAUACCAGAAUGGAAAGUUCUCGAGCCCAAGCUGGACACCAUGGAAGAAUACAUCAAGGUCACUCAUAGCAUGUCUGAAGUGACGGCAAUGCCUGACGCACCGCAGGCGGAAUUCCACCUGGAAGUCUCCAGAUUACGGGACUUGUUCUUGAAGUGGCAUCGUCACUGGAGUGGAACACUGCUCUCAAGCGCCCGGUCUUGGAAAGCGUUGUCAUUGCCAGUCGAUGGGUCACUGCUCAAUCAGGCGCGGUGCUACCUGGCGGAGUUGAUGCUGCAGAUGUCGCACCGCGUGUCUGAAGAGACGGCACAGCUGCAUGGCAAGAGUAUCACACGCAGCCACCGUCAGGCUAAGCAGCUGACUAGCAUGCUUCAGGAAUGCAUAGAGUAUUUGAUCAUGUCACUGGAGCUGGUCAAGGAACCGGCCUUCCCGCACGGCAACGGCCAGGACACAACGGUCUACGACGACGAAUGCGAGCGCAUCUCAUCGCUGUUCGCCGCCACCAAGUCUGCGGGCAUCCUGUGCACGCAACGCUACGUGGAGAUGGCCAACGCGCAGUACCUUGCUGUCGUGCACACUCACCCCAAGCAGGAGGUUACCGCACAUUUCGAUGGCGUCCUCAAGACACUGGGCCUGCUGAAGAACUUAGCACGGAAGUCCCAGGACUCGAGCCUUCCUUGGAGAGCCCUGGCACAGAAAGGCGUCCUGCAGCACUUCAGCGGCACUGCUGAUGUAAGCGAGGCAAUCUACAGGAGCUGUGCCAGCGUUCUGCAGCACAUCAUGAAAGUCACCCGGGUCACUGGUGCUAGCAAUGACAAUGGAAGCAAUGGCAGCAGUGCGGCGUCCUCCUCGGCUGAGACUACACCACGCGAGAUGGUUCUGUGGCUGAUGUUUGGCUGCAAGUAUUUGAACCGCUCUCUGGAGAUGCUGGGCGAUGAUGGCCACAGCAACAUGAAGGAGCUGCUGGACUCAUUGCAACGUAUCGAAGACAGCCUACCUGGGCAGUGAUGGCCACAGCAACAUGAAGGAGCUGCUGGACCCAUUGCAACGUAUCGAAGACAGCCUAUCUGGGCAGUGAUGGCCAGGGAACACUCGACUAACUUAUUCACCCCGACGGUCUUGUUUAGUAGAUGCAUUCCUGAUAACACCACCAAUCUGGUCUCAACGAAUGUUGUGCAUUGCUGCCUGACUGUCCUUUGCCAGAUUCCGUGUCAGUACUUUGCCAUCAACCCACAGUUCUGUCAGCACCUUCGUCCAAUGAGCUGUUUUCUCCUUCCUCCAACGAACGCUUAUCCCCUUCCCCAGCAGACUGCUUUCCCCUUCCUCCCAACGAAGGCUGGGUAGUGAAGAAGAAAUUUUCUUCUUCACUCCCCAGCCAAAAUGUGUGAUCAAAUAUUCCACGCUGUACUUGUAUCAAUGGAUUAACACGUACCGAGGCUUCUUCACUUCUGUAAGAAAUGACCACUGGCAAAAACUCACCACUAAAACUAGAUGACGUCCAACAGCAUGGUGACUAACUGAUUGAUCAAUAGCUACAUGUCCAUGUACAUGUACGUAUUCAUUCGCACUUGCUUGUACGAGUAUGGUCUGUAGGUUUGUGACGCCCGCUGGCAAUGGGCGCCGGGCUCCUUGAUAAUUUUAUACUGAUUGUGUCGUCGCUGCUGGCAGUAAGUUAGAUUGCUUGCUGUUUCUUUAUUUUGUCAGUACACACACACGUACACAAGUAAUCAUUUCUAUUUCCAGCAGGCUAGACAUGUAUAUAACUUAGUGUAUAUUUUCGUUUCCCUUUGCCCACGGUGUACAUGAUAGGAAGUAUCUCACCCUUUUUUUUCUUCUUGUAUAUUGCACAUAUUUCAAAUUUAUCUUCAAGUCAUAAUGCUUUGAAUCCUCCA